UAUGGCUAGAGCCAGGCAACCGGCUGAGUAUAAAAAACAAGCGCCCACAGCUAACGGAUUCACUCUGAGCGCCGUCACACUCACAGCUUGUGCGGGAUAUCAUUUGCCUGAAACCGUUUCCCUUAAAGCGAAAAGCCCCCCACCCAAAGUUCAGCCAUGGAAGAUGAAAUCGCCGCACUGGUUGUUGACAACGGAUCCGGUAUGUGCAAGGCCGGAUUCGCCGGAGACGACGCCCCUCGUGCUGUCUUCCCCUCCAUCGUCGGUCGCCCCAGGCAUCAGGGUGUGAUGGUGGGUAUGGGUCAGAAAGACAGCUACGUUGGUGAUGAGGCCCAGAGCAAGAGAGGUAUCCUGACCCUGAAGUACCCCAUUGAGCACGGUAUUGUGACCAACUGGGAUGACAUGGAGAAGAUCUGGCAUCACACCUUCUACAACGAGCUGAGAGUUGCCCCUGAGGAGCAUCCCGUCCUGCUCACAGAGGCUCCCCUGAACCCCAAAGCCAACAGGGAGAAGAUGACCCAGAUCAUGUUCGAGACCUUCAACACCCCCGCCAUGUACGUUGCCAUCCAGGCUGUGCUGUCCCUGUACGCCUCUGGUCGUACCACUGGUAUCGUCAUGGACUCCGGUGAUGGUGUGACCCACACAGUGCCCAUCUACGAGGGUUAUGCCCUGCCCCACGCCAUCCUGCGUCUGGACCUGGCUGGCCGUGACCUCACAGACUACCUCAUGAAGAUCCUGACAGAGCGUGGCUACUCCUUCACCACCACAGCCGAGAGGGAAAUCGUGCGUGACAUCAAGGAGAAGCUGUGCUACGUCGCCCUGGACUUCGAGCAGGAGAUGGGCACCGCUGCCUCCUCCUCCUCCCUGGAGAAGAGUUACGAGCUGCCUGACGGACAGGUCAUCACCAUUGGCAAUGAGAGGUUCCGUUGCCCUGAGGCCCUCUUCCAGCCUUCCUUCCUUGGUAUGGAAUCCUGCGGAAUCCACGAAACCACCUACAACAGCAUCAUGAAGUGCGACGUCGACAUCCGUAAGGACCUGUACGCCAACACCGUGCUGUCUGGAGGUACCACCAUGUACCCUGGCAUCGCUGACAGGAUGCAGAAGGAGAUCACAGCCCUGGCCCCAUCCACCAUGAAGAUCAAGAUCAUCGCCCCACCUGAGCGUAAAUACUCCGUCUGGAUCGGAGGCUCCAUCCUGGCCUCCCUGUCCACCUUCCAGCAGAUGUGGAUCAGCAAGCAGGAGUACGAUGAGUCCGGCCCCUCCAUCGUCCACCGCAAAUGCUUCUAAACAGACUGUUCCUUCUCCCCUUCCCCAACCAAACGCCCAACAACUUCAGCUCUGUGCAAAACAACCACACACCACACAUUUCUCAUACACAACUCAGGCGCAGAGAAUAGAUGACCAACUCAUUGGCAUGGCUUCAGUUAUUUUUGGCGCUUGACUCAGGAUUAAAAAAAAAAACUGGAACGAUGAAGGAGACAGUAAUGUUUUUGGCUAGGUUUUAAAAAAGACACCCCAGGGUUCUGCAGUCUCAUCUGGGGCUUAAAAAAAAAUGUACAUUUUGUUUUUCUUUAAGUCAUUCCAAAUGUUUGUUAACUGCAUUGUUCAGACACAUGAUUCCAAAUGUUAACUUGCAUUGUUCAGAUACGUAUUUGCCUCUGUGAAGGCUGCCCAGUGGUUGGCGCAUACUUAACAUGGUUGUAGUAUCGCUUGUAUGUAAGUUAUGUCUGGGUUUUUUGUACUUUCAGCCUUAAAAGAAUCUUGGUCCUGUUUAAUUUUUGUUUUUGUUAUGCAAACCCUCAUCCUGACCCCACUUCUCCCCCCACGUUGGGAGGCUUCAUCCCUGGGGCGGUGGGGCAAGGGGGUGUCUCGGAAUGAUGGGGUAAACAUGGGGUGCCAGACCGGUGGGGCCAACCUGUACACUGACUAAACAAUCCCAAUAAAGUGCACAUGUGUUCCGAA